AUGACUUCGGAAAGAAUCGGACUUCUAGGAACAAAUCAUUAUAAUGAACAAGAACGUGUACAGAAAAAGACUUUUGUUAACUGGAUCAAUUCGUACCUUUGUAAGAGAAUCCCACCUCUGAAAAUAGAUGACCUCAUUGAAGAUCUGAAGGAUGGUACGAAUUUGCUGGCUUUGCUGGAGGUGCUGUCCGGCGAAAAACUGCCAGUGGAACGUGGCCGUAACUUGAAGAGACCUCAUUUUCUUAGCAAUGCUAACACAGCAUUACAGUUCCUCUUAUCGAAAAAGCGGCCUCAUCGCAACAACUUACCUCCUGGUUUCCUUCUUCCCGAGUUAGGUGAAGGAUCGUGUGUGUGCGACCCCGCUGGACCUCUCGCAGGAUGUCGUCGUGCGAGUAGACGUGAGCAGCAGCCGUCCCUAACGCCGAAACUUUGCGACGCGUGCCCUGUUAUGUUGCCUCAGGCACAAUUUGGGGCAUUUGGAUAUGAGAGGGGGCAUUUGGAGCAUAUAAAACUUGUAAAUAUCAAUGCCUCAGAUCUAGUCGAUGGCCGACCACCAGUGGUUUUAGGCCUUAUUUGGACCAUUAUUCUAUACUUCCAGAUAGAAGAAAACACACGAGCUCUAGAAUCAUUAGGACAUUCAUUUGGUGGUAGCACAAGUAGCCUUGAAAGCUUAGGACCAAGAGCUGCAUCUGAAGACAAGAGAGAAGGGAAACGACGUCAAGGAGCUCGACAAGCUCUUAUGCAGUGGGUAACAAAUGCGUUACCGAAACAUCUAGGAAUUGAAGUGAAAGAUUUUGGUGCUAGUUGGCGUGAUGGCUAUGCAUUCCUUGGCAUCAUUGACACUAUUAAAUCAAAUCUAGUGAAUUUGGCAGCUCUGAAACAAUCAAACAACAGGACACGCCUGGAGACAGCAUUCCAAGUGGCUGAAAGUGAGCUUGGCAUUGCACGUCUUCUGGAUCCUGAAGAUGUUGAUGUUCCUCGACCAGAUGAGAAAUCAAUAAUGACAUAUGUGGCUCAGUUUCUGCACAAGUAUCCUGAACCACGGACACCUGAUGGAUCUAGUACAUUGGGAGCAAUUGAAGCGGAAUAUAAUGAAUUCAUUUCAUGGCUUUUGCAAAAAACUCAGUACCUGGAACAUUUGCAACAAACAAAUUCAUUACCUCUACAGUAUGAGGAAUACGCCAAGUUGAAAAAUGAAGCUGAUGGCAAAAUUCCUACUCUAGAAAAGCUGAAAACUUUAGUUGAGUCUCAGUGCAUUAUCAGCAUUACAGCUGAAUCAUGGAAUGAAAUUAAAGGACUGUGGAAUAAAUUGCACAUGCUGCUUCAAAAAUGGUUGUGGCUUCUUGACUCAAGUCUUCCUGGACCUCUUCGAAUAGUCGGAGAAUGGUUGAGCCGAGCAGAGGCAAUUAUUUCUUCUGAUGAUAUUCCAUCUGCAAUGAAUGAAGAGACAGCAAGCAUUAUUAGUCACAAGCUAGAAGAACAUAAGGUCUUCUUUGCUGAUUUACCUGCCAUUAAAAAUAAGUUUGAAGAAGCACGUAGUGCUCUUCAUCAAGAGGUGAAUGCUGAUCAGUUACAAAAUAUGGCUCGUCGUUUGGAAGCUAUUGGACCUUUGGCAGCACAGAGACGAGUACGACUCAAAUUCCUUGAGCACAAGUGCUGCCUAAUUGCAUUCCUUCACCUAACUGAAAGUAAAUUACGUGGUUGGACUAUUAAAUAUGGCCGAGAAGAGAAAGUUCAACAACUCUUGGAACAGUAUCGUAAUUUUGUGUCCCGUAAUCGUAUUUUUCAAGAGUUCAACAAAGCUUUCCUUGACAUGCAACAAGUUGUUGAUGAAUAUAAACAAGAUGGUAAUGUAGACCAGCAAGAAAGUUUAAGCAUUGAUCGUUUUUUGCGUGACACUGGAGAACGAUGGAAAAAUGUAUCAAUGGAAUUACGAUGUGUGCAAAGCAUGUUGGAAGAAGUUGUAGCAUACUGGCGUCGUUGGAACACAAUGUCUGAUGAAUUUGAAUCUUGGCUUGAUCGUGCAUAUGGCAUGUUGGAUCUUCCAGAAGAAGAUAAAAUGGAGUACUUCCAGGAUGUCAGUAUUUGGAAAGAUAAAUAUCAACUUCUGGGUGAUACAGUUAGUUUUCUUAUUGCAACAUGUGAAGAUCAGGUGGCUAGUGAACUCAAAGAGCAGUAUGUCCAUAUAUCAACUCGCUGGGAAGACUUAUUUCAGCAUGUAAAACAAUAUAUGCAUGCUGGAGACAUCUUGCGAAAUCGAAAAGAAUAUCGAGCAGGAUUGGAGAGACUGCAACAAUGGCUGCACAAUGCUGAAACAUUAAUAUCAUCAUCACAUCUCAGUAGCACUGAAAGCAUUAAAGCUUAUGGUCAACAACUUCAGCAUUUACAAAAUGAGGUAGAAGCCAUUGAAGAUCUCUUCAAAAAUGUCAGCAAGAUCUUUCAGUCAAUGAUACAGGACCUGUCAAGAGAAGAAGUUGAUCGAAUGAUGAAUACAUUAAAAAAGGAAAAAGAGGCUUUGGUGAGAGUAAGGGCUCUCAUUCCUAUGCAGCUGCAUUUAUUCCAUCAGAUUUUAGUACAACAAGAGUCUCUUGAGGCUGGGCAGAAGGAAAUAAGUCAAUGGCUAUCUGAAGCAGAAACUCUUUUGAGUUCGUUCUCUGUAUCUGGAGACCCAGAAGCUGUGCAGAGCCAACUGGAUAAGCACAAAGCUUUCUUUUCCCGUUUGUUGUACUACAAAUCAAUGCUGGAUAGUAAAAAUAAAGUUUUUCAAAGUAUUGUGAAGUCUGUUGAUCAUACUGACGGUGUUGAUGCUUCUGAUUUUAGUCACAAAAUGAAUCAGUUGAAUGACCGAUUUGCAUCUACAACACAGCACGCUCAUAUGUGGGAACAGAAAUUUCAAGAAGUUUUAAGAUGUUGGACCAAAUUUCGAGAAGCUGAGCACACAGUUAUGGAAUGGUUACUAAAUGCAGAAAAACUUAUAUCUGAUAAACAUAUAGACAAGAAACAAAAAUUAGAAUCUCACAAGACAUUCUUUGAACAAGUAAAUGAACAGUGGAUUCAUGACCUUGUCAUAUCUGGACAAGACUUAUGUAAUUGUCUUCCCAUGGAAUAUCAUUCUCAAGUGAUAAAUAAAGUUGAAGGAGCUCAAGCAAAGUGGAAGGAAAUGGUUUCAUUGGCUCCUCUCCACUUAAUGUAUUUGGAGUUCUGCCUGGAUGAAAUGACAUUCAAUAUGUGUAUCAAAGAAGUAGAAAAAGAAAUCAAUGCAGAACACCAAGCCUUCAAUAAACGUGAAGAUGUAAAUUCAAUAUUAUCAAGACAUGUGUGGCAGAAUUACAAGUCCAAGUAUGCUGAAAUGGUAAAAUGGAUGGAUUUGGUAGAUGUCAGUCUGAAAACCUUUGAGAAAGAAGUUGACAGCCUUGAAGAAUUUGAGAAAGAACGAGCUGUUUUUCAGGAUAUUUGCCGAAAUGUAGAUAGUAGAAGAGAAGAUAUGAAAUGGUUAGUACAGACAUUAGAUGCUCUUGUUUCACACUGUUCUGAUGAAGUGUCCUUAAGAGAGCAGCAAGAAUUGGAACAACUCAUUAUUCGUUACAAGAAUCUCAUUCCAACAAUUGAACUUACAUUAGUAAAGACUGAAGUGCAUUACAAAUGUUAUAUUUAUCUGAAGGAAGUUAGAGAGGUCUGUGGCCUUUUGCAAAAAGUCAAAGAAACAUCAAUGUCUGGUCCUCAUCCUGAAACACUUGAUUCUGUGAAUUCUUUAAUUAAGCAGCAAGAGUCUGCAGUAACCCAGCUGGAUCAACAACGAUCUAAUAUUUUGAGCAUGCUGCAGAGAGGAAAAGAUUUAAUGAGGGAUAAUAAUGCUCCAACGUUCAUCAAACCAGAAGUGACAACUCUAGAAAAUAGUUGGAAUGAUGCUUAUAAACAGACUGUUGAAAAACUUAAAAACUUAAAAGGUACUCAAAAAGUGUGGAAUUCAUACAAGGAACAAAAGGCAGAAAUUUUGAGGCUGUUAGAACAAGCAGAAAGAGAACUUAGUAAGGUAGUUCCAGUAUCUUCACAGAGUCAACAAGUAACUGAAGAUCUUCAAACAAAACAUGAUUUAAAUGUGGCUCUUCAUAAAGCAACUGGAGAGCAAUUUCAGCAUCUUCAAACUCAGUGUCAAGCACUGUGUAAGCUGACAGCUCCAGAACGGAAGCCUCUUCUUCAGAAGGAGGUAAUGGACAUAGAAAGGAGGCUUCAAGAUACAAUGAAAUCAAUGCAAGAGCAUGUUAUACAUUUAGAACACAGUAAAGCACAAUGGCUUAAUUUUAAUUCUCAAUUGAGAGGAAUAAGUGAAUGGACCCAACAAAGAGCUCCACUUGUACUUGAACAGUUACAACAAGAAGAUAUGGCACCUGAAGAUCGUGUCAAGAAAGCUCAUAUGCUAGAAAUGGAAUUAAAAGAGAAGAAGCUUCUUUUGGAUAAGCUUCAACAAGAGGGAAAUGCAGUAAUACAAGGUAAUGUGUUUGUAAAUAUUCUAGUGUUUGUGAAAAUAUCGGGGAAAAAAAAUAAAAUUGAGUAUCUCCUAUUCUCACAGGGCACUUUCACUAAUGAAAAAACUUAAUGGGUGAAAAAUGAAAGACAUCCAAAACCAGCUGAUGUGUACAAACCUACAGGUCUAAAAGGAAUUGGACAAACAAGGAAAAAAUGGAGGGAACAGGAACCUAGAGGUGAUGACAGGGAUAAAGAAUUAUUGUAUGCUGACAUAGAUAAUCUGCAAAAAGCUCUUAUGGCUUUGCAACAUACAGUAGAAUUGAGAGUAGCAUCUGUGGGCCAUGAUAUGGCUAGCUGGCAAGAAUGUCUUGGUGGUCUUCAAGAGGUUAAACCAUGGGUAGAAAAGGCAGAAGUUAAAGUGUCUGUUGGAAUGAAGAAACCUGUAAAUCUUCAGGAAGCUUACCAACUUCAGCAAGAUGCUAAGGCAUUUGAAGUUCAGUGUGAAGAAACAUUGAGUAAGUUACAGGGUAUUGCAGUACUAAGUCAGCAAAUAACAUCGCCUAGUAAUGCAGCCAAUGAAAUUGAUGCACUUCAUUCACGAUGGGCUGCUGUUCAUGAUGUUUCCCUUCAGUGGGGUUCAUCUCUUGAUAAAUUAAUUGGCUCUUGGGAAAAGCUUGAAAGUGAGAAAAAUAAACUAGAAAAUUGGAUCAGGGAUAAGGAACAGGUUUUACAAGUUGAACCUUUGGAAGAUAAUUCAUCACAGGUUGGAAAACUGGAGAAGAAAUUAGCAGAGUUGAAGGUAUUGAACAAAGAUGUGUCAGAGAAGCAAGCAGAUCUUGUAUCACUUGCACAGUUGUCAGAUGCUAUAGCACCACAUUUAGCCCUGGAAGGUGGAGCAGUUAUAAAAAGUGGAAUUACAGAUGUGAAGAACAGACUCACAGGAGUUGCAGAGGCCAUUAGACAUCAUAUAAAUGUUAUAUCUGAUGCAAUAUUGGCAAGGCAAGAAUUUGAAGCAAAAAUGACAGGUUUUGUCAAAUGGAUGGACCAAUUGGAGAAUAAUGUGUUGCAAGUAGAUGAAAUAGAACUGGAUAAAGUAGACUCUGCUCUUCAGACAGUUCUAGCUCUUCUUCAGGAACAUUCAGAAAAACAGCCGAUUUUCAACCAUAUAUACAAUGAAGUUAAAAAUCUUUUGACUCUUGGUACACCUGAUGAAGCAGCAUCUUUGAAUGACAAUUAUUCAACCUUGGUGACAAGAUAUCAGGUGUUGCAGAAUUCGCUUCAAGCAAAGAAAGCAGCUCUUGAGAAGUGGUCAGAACUUCUGAUAUGGCAUGGGGACACUACUGACUAUCUGCGACACAUCCAGUACCAACUUGAUACCCAGAAAUACAGUCCUGAAGAUUUGAAAAACAUUAAUGAGGAGUUAGAAAAUAUUUCAACAAAAAUAACUGCAUGGGAGAACACUGCUCUAGAAAUAGACUCUGCGAGCAAACUUCAUAAGACACAGAUUAAAGACAAGAAGUCUGAUAAAUUAAUUACUGCUGUUGGCCUAGUAAGAGAUGUACAGUCCUUGGUGAAUUUACUUCAAGGCAGAUUAACUCACCAACAUGAAAUUUUGCAAGAAGUGAGCAGUCGUUGGUCUCAUUUCCAACAUCUUCAAAAUGAUUUGUCAAAUGGUUUACUGUCUACACAAGAUGCUUUGCAAGAAUUGUUGAUGUCUGUAGUCAGCUGUGAUAAUUUUGAACCUACUUUUAAAAAAUUCAGCUCUCUUCUGGAAGAACAUCAGUUAAGACAAGGAGUAAAGAAUGAUAUGCAUAAUGAUGGAAAAAUCCUAAUGGAGCAGGAUCAAAGUAAUAUAUCUGUUAUUCAGAACAUCCUUGCCUCUGUAGAUGGUAACUGGGAGAAAGUUAAUGAAAUGUUGAAAGAACAAAAAUCAAAAUUUUAUGAAUUAAACAUUGCAUGGCAACAAUUUGCUGAGUGUAAAGAAAAGGUAUUACUAGGUGUAAAAGAAGCUGUUCCAUUGAUAUCGGGACAAGAAGAAAUCAGUGAUAUGACACUUGCAACAAGUUCAUAUGAUAAGGCUAAAAAAGGUUUAGAAAUUUUGAAAAAAGUAAAACCAUUUCUUGAUUCUGUAGACAGUAAAAGUCAACUUAUAAUAAAACAAGUUGAAUCUGUGCCUAAUUUUAACAUAACUAUUAUUGAGAAUGAACUUGCUGAUCUGCAUUCCUGCUGGCAAGAUGCAUUUGAUACAGCAAGUAAAAAAGUACAAAAUUUGGAGGCUCAGUUAAUCAUAUGGAAGCAGAUCGAUGAUUCAAAAGAUGAAGUCAUUCAUUGGCUAGAGGAUACAAAUAAUACUCUUUCUACUGCUUUGAAUUCUUUGUCAGAUGCUGAUAAUUCCAUGGCCCAGUUAAAUCGUUACAAAGAUGAAUUACCUACAUACUAUAAUAUUAAAGUGAGCAUUGCAACCAAAUCAUCUCAGUUAGUCAAAUUGAAUAAUGGAAAGCCAAUUUUGACAUUAGAUUCUUUGAACUCAUUACUGGAUGAGCAGUUUAUAUACCUCAAAAGCAUUGCAGAUAAAUUAGAAGAUAUAGCAUGCACUUUCAAUGAACAAGAAAAAGGCAUAUGUGAAGAUAUCAAGAAGGCAAGUGAUAGCAUUACAAAAAUUCGAGAAUCAGUAAUUAAAUGUGAUGAUUUAACUGGAGAAAACACAAAAAUCCUGGACAGAUUACAAAAAUGUCAAGUUCUGAAGCAAGAACUUUCUGGACUUAGUUCCAGUUUAGAUUCAUUAAAAGCUAAAAUUGAGAAAAUGAAAGUCAGUUAUCCUUCAUUUGGUAAUUCUGGACUUGUAAAAGAACUUAGUGGUUUAGAAAAGAGGUAUGAUGGAGUUUUAUCACAUGCAACCAAAGUUGAAUCAACACUCUUAGCCUUCCUUAAAAAAUACCAUAUGGAAAAAUUCUCUGCUUUGGAGAGAGUUUUAUCCACCUACAACGAAAAAGUAACAUGGUGCAUUCCAGAAGCAAGUAGUGACCAUUACAACCUUGAAGCAAAACUUUCAUCAUUACAGGAUGUUUUAGCAGGAUUAGCUGACUGUGAUGCUAAACAUGCAGAUUUAGAUCAGUCAGUGCUUCUUUUGCAAAAUGUGGAAUCACCUGAAAAAAUGCAGGAGUUGAUUGCAGAAAGGGAUCGGUUAACAUUGGAGCUAGGAUCACUGAAAGAAAACUACCAGAAGACCAAAGAAUCACUAGAUUAUAAUAUCGAACUGUGGAAGAAAUAUGAAGUAGUGUCAGAGAAUGUAGCAUCAUGGCUUCGUGAUACAGAAAGUAAAGUUCGUUCUGAAAGCGUCAGUCAGUUAAGUAUUGACAUUAUUACUAGUAAAAUUGCUGAAAUGGAAGUGUUUUGCAAGCAAGUGAUUGAUUAUGAACCAAAUGUACAAAAUAUUGUGGAAGUGGGAGAAGAAAUUGUGAAGAAAAAUCCUGAGUCUCGAAUUGGUCAACAUGGUCAUUUACUUUCAAGAUAUCAAUCUGUUGUAAAAUUUGCUACUUCUUAUGUAGAUCGUCUUAAAACUCUAGAAAAUAAUAAAAAUAUUUACAGAGAUUCAGUGAAAGAGGUUGAGUCAUGGUUAGCUGAUGCUGAUGAAAAACUGAAAUCGUUCGAACAUUUAUUGUCAUCUCCAGCAAAGCCAAUGCAAGUAUAUCAGGAAAAACUGGAAGAACUGAAGAGUUUUGCUGAAGAACGUGAGAAGGGUCAGAUUUUAUUAAAUAGAGCAGUUGAAACGGGAGAAGCUCUUUUCUCUGGUGUUACUCCUCAGAACAGAGAAACCAUUCGAGCAGAACUUAGAAGUUUGAGAGAUGCAUCUGAAGCUCUUAUUGACAAAUCAAAUGCCAUUCACAAAAAAGUUGAAGUUAUUAUGAUGCAGCGUUCAUCGUUUGAUGAUAGUUAUUGCCAGGUCCAGAAGUGGAUAACAGAAGCAGAAGGCAAGCUGGGAAAUAAAAUGGAUCUGAAAGCUGAUUUGAAAGAGAAGAAACAAGCCAUGCAUACUUAUCGCCUCCUGGCUCAAGAUGUCAAUACCCAUAAAAAUGUAAUGAAACAAUUACAAGACAAAAUAGAAGCUUUAUCAGAUUCUGAUGCAACUGCAAAAUUCAACGACAUGCUAAGAAAUUAUGAGAAAUUGUCUAAGAAUGUUGAGGAGAGAAUUAAGACUGCUGAAACACAUGUCUCAGAUCAUGAGGCUUAUUUAAAAUCAUUAGAAAAAUCUCAUGAUUGGCUUGCAACACUUGCUGCUGAAGCAUCAGUUGUCCUUGAAGAUACAUCCCUCGAAAAAGAUGGAGCUGAUGCAAAAUUAGCUGUUAUUGAUGAUUUGUUGCACCAGAAAGAAGAAGGAGAUAAACUGAUUGACACAUGUAAAACAUUACUUCAGAUUGUAUUAGAGCAGACUGAUAUUUCAGGACAUCCAACAUUACUAAAGCAAUUUGAGGAACAGAAACAAGCUUGGGAAGGUUUCUUUGGAAAAUGUGCAGACACGCGACAACGCCUACAGUUACUUUGUAGACGAUGGACAGAGUUUGAAGAAAUGGUUGAUACACUUAGUGGUUGGAUAAAGGCAAAAGAAUGUCAAGUCAAAGAUCAGAGCCUGCGCAAUACACAAGAAGCUAAACAAGUUCACCUAGACAAACUGAAAGCAAUUGAAGAAGAAAUCAUUCUAAAAGCAGAAGAAUUCAGUGUAGCAGCUGCUCAGAGUCAAUCAAUUGUAGGUCAGUCAGAGCUUUCAAUGAAAGUUUCAUGUCUUACUACAAGAUAUCAAGCUUUAAAAAAUAUAACAAAGGAAGCAAUAUCAAAAUAUGAACAAUUUGUAACAGAACAUCGUGUCUUUAAUGAUGAAUAUAACAGUAUUCUGGAAUGGCUCUCACAAGUAGAAACACAACUUAAAGAGCUCAGUCAAAUCGUGGGAGAUAUUGGUGUAUUACAGGAGCGUCAGAAGAAAAUACGAGAAUUGGCAGAUGUUCGUUCCAAGGAAAGCACAAGAUUUGAUUGUCUUGUUGACAAUGGUGAAAAGUUAUAUGCACACACUAGUCCAGAUGGAAGAGAGAUUAUACGACAGCAAUUAAGAACUUUGCGCACUCUUUGGGAUAAUUUUUCGGAUGACCUACAAGCUGCCAUGCACAAGCUGGAUCAAUGCUUGAUGCAGUUUGCUGAGUUCAUAUUGUCACAAGAUCAACUUACAAAAUGGCUCAAAGAUGUUGAACGAGCGAUGACACAACACACUGAAUUAAAAUCAUCUUUGCAAGAGAAACGUGCUCAAUUACAGAAUCAUAAAAUUAUGCAUCAAGAAAUAAUGUCACAUCAGCAAUUGGUUGAAUCUGUGUGUGUUAAAGCUCAACAACUUGUUCACCAAACUCAAGACAAGUCAUUGAAUACUUAUUUACAGAAUAUUAAGCAACUUUUUCAAAAUAUUGUACUGAAAUCACAGGAUCUUUUGGAUGACUUGGAGGAAUGUUCUCAGAAACAUAACCAUUUCAGCACCCUGUGUAAGAACUAUCAUGAUUGGCUUAUAUCUGAGCAAGAAAAUCUUCAUGACUGUGAUGAUGUUGGUGGCGAGAAGAUAGAUAUCAAGAAACGUCUCGCUACUUUACAAUCGUUGCGAGAUAACUGUCUACAAAGUGAAAAGCAACUUACACAGCUCCAAGAACUUUGUGGCGUUGUAAGCAAAGGAACUGCUCCAAAAGGAGUAGAUGCCCUUCAAAAAGAAGUUGAUGAUUUACAUGCUGCCUUCAAACAACAUUUGGAUCGUAUUGGUGAUGUUGAGAAGAAAUUGGAAAACACCUUAAAACAAUGGAGCCAGUUUGAAGAGCAAUUGGAUCAGCAUACAAAAUGGUUUCGUAAAAUUGAAGCAAUUUUCCGUGAUCAACAGUUACAAGAUUCUGUAGAACAGAAAGAAGCCCAGUUAGAAAGCUUUAGAAAAAAGCGUGAUCUCAUUACAGAACAAGAAAAAAAUAUUGAUGAAUUUGUUGACCGGUCACAUGCUUUGUUGCAUUGUAGUGGUGCAGACCGAAUAAAACCUCUGAUUUCACAAAUUAGUAACAGGUACCAAUUACUGCAUGUGCUAAGUAAGGAGGUCAUUAAUAGGUGGCAAGGUCUAGUAGAUGACCAUCGAACAUAUGAAGAAAAACUUCAAGAAACACUAGCAUGGUUAGCGCCUUUAGAGGCCAAUCUUGAAGCUCUUAAAACUGAAGGAGUAUCAAGAGAUAUGAAGAGCAAAGUCAAUCGGCUGCAGAUAUUGCUUUCAGAGCGAGAGCAAGGUGUGCAAAGAAUUGCAAAUCUCACAGCAAUAGGGGAACGUCUGUUCCCAGAUACUGCUGCUCCUGGUCGUGAAAAAAUACGUAGUGACUUACGGGAGUUGAGAGACAGAUGGGACCAAUUAGAAGAAGGAAUAAAGGAACAACAGAAACGGCACGAUGCUCAGUCCUUACAAUGGAGUAGUUAUCAAGAAACCUUACAACAGACAUUAGCUUGGUUGGAUUCAAUGGAAAAAGCACUUCUUCAUGAUCCCCUAAGUUCAUGGUCAUCUACCCAAGAAAUUCGUUCCAAAUUAUUGAAACACAAGACAACACUACAAGAAGUUAUAACUCACAAACGAGUAAUUGAAGCUGUUUCUGAGAAAGCACAUGCUGUAGUUCAACUUUCUAGUCCUAAAGCAACUGACGAUCAUGAAGUUUUACAAACUGUGAAAAAUAUUAAUGAAAGAUAUGAAAGUCUUGUGAACAACCUCUUGGUAAUGAUAACUCAGUUGGAAGAGAGUUUGGAUGCAUUUCAACAAUUUCAUGAUUUGCAGAAAUUAUACCAAGACUAUCAAAAACAAUUAUGGGAUCGGCUUUCAGCAUAUUCAGAUUACAGUGGUAAUAAACCAGCUCUCCAAUCUCGUCUGAACAAAGUGCAGGAAAUUAAAGAAAGUCUUACUACAGAAGGUCAAGUGAAGCUUAAAGCUCUGGCUGAUCAUGUAAACACCAAAACUGAGAAACUGCCAGCUCGAGCAAAAGAAGUUAUGGAAAGGGACUUGGCCAAUCUUAAGUUUGAUUAUGAGAAGUUUCUGACUGCAUUGAAUGAUGUACAAUAUGCUUUGGAUGAGAGAUUAAAACAAUGGUCAGAAUAUGAAGGUUCAUUUGAUCGUUUAUUGGAAUGGCUGUCUGAAUCAGAAGCAGCAUUAAAGAAUUAUGCUCCUCGAUCUACUUUGCCAGAGAAGAAAGAACAACUAGAAAAAUAUCAGGCUUUGAUUCAGAGUGUUCAUCAGAAUGAAGCUGAAAUAGACAAAAUGAGUGAUGACUCUUCUGAAUUGGUGCAGAUCAGUGGAGAAACAAGAAUCUCAGUAAAUGUGCAGCAAAUAAUUUCAAGAUUCCAAUCCAUUCACACGACAGCAAAGGAAGUUGUCAAAAAGUGUGAACAAGCUGCAAUGGAUCAUGAAGCUUUUCUGGAGAAAUACCAACAGUGCUCAGCAUGGUUGGCAACUGCGCAAUCAUGUUUUGAAAGCUGUUCUAAUGGUGGGACCAUUGGUGCUCGUGAAGAUUUGCUGUUACGAAGUUCUGGCUUAAAGGAACUACUUGCACAGCAAUCAAGUGCAGUUUCCCUUCUCAACACAACUGUUGAGUUAGGAGAGAAGCUCUAUCCAUCAACUGCCUUGGAAGGGCGUGAGGCAAUACGUCUCAAGAUUCAAGAACUUCAACAAGCUAUGGAAACACUUUUUGAUGGAGUUUCAAGCACUGAACGUGAACUUCAAGCAAAACUCUCAAGGUGGAUAGGCUUUGAGGAAUGCAGUGAAAAUCUCCGUCAGUGGUUGUCAGUAGCAGAAGGACACUUGCCUGCAGAAUUAGAACUGAAGACAACACUUGAUGAAAAGAGAGCUCAACUUCAGUGUUAUCGUGCUGUAUUGCAUGAUGCACUAGCUCAUCAACAAGAUAUUGUGUGCUUGAGAGACAAGACUGAAAGUUUACCUGAACGCAGUGGAAAAAUUGACCAAGAAUUGAAUGAAUUGACACAAAGACAUUCUGACAUUUUAAAGAAAGCCCAGAAUUUUGUGGAAUGCUAUGAAGCAAUUGUAAGUGAUCACCAACAGUACAGCAAAGCUGUUAUGGAUACACAAGAAUGGUUGGAAGCAACACAUAACACCGUUUUACUGUGGGGUGAUACUGAAUUAGAGCGCAUUUCUUUGCAUACGAAUUUGGAGCGCUUAAAGAAUUUACAACUGAGCUUACCAGAGGAAGAAAAUAGAUUUAAACAGAUCCGUGCUUUAGGUGAAAAAGUCAUUCCAGGUACAAUAGAAUCUGGUCAAGUCAAUAUUAGGUCCCAGAUUGACUCAUCACAACAAGAAUGGGAAGGUCUUUUAUCUGCUGUAAAAUCUGUGAUAGAAGCUCUUGAUGCAAAACUGCAACAGUGGAAUGAAUAUGAAGCAUUGAAAGACCAAUGUCUUACAUGGAUUAGAGAGACAGAUACAAAACUUCAUGCUGUAGAUCUGAAAGAUACAGCAGAAAAUAAGAAAAAACAACUGCAGGACUUAAAGGCAUUAAAGAAACAAAGAACAUACUUUGAAGUAAUAAUUCAAAUUUUAAAGGCUCUUCAAGGUGAAGUACGAGCCAAAGAACUGGAAAUUGAUGCUUUGACUGAACGAGCACAACAAUUAUACAAAGGCAGUCUCAGCACUCGGAGUUCUCUUAUUUCUGAACUGGGUCUAAAAUACCAGCAGGUGUCACAUAAAGUAAAGGAUCUUGCAGCACGUUGGCAACAAUAUGUGAUAAGUCAUGAAGACUUUGAUAAUCGGAUUGCAGAAUGCACUCAAUGGCUGGAAGACAUUAAAAACAAGUUGGCUUAUUGCUCUGACCUUAGUGCUUCAUCUCAGAAGGACCUCGAAAGCAAAAUGGAAACAAUACAGGACCUCUUGCUUUAUAAAGAAGAAGGGUUCACUAAAGUUCAGGGAAUGGUUGAAAUGGCUCAAAUUGUGUUAGCCAACACAGCUCCUACUGGUCAUGCUGCCAUUAAUCAAGUACUUGGUAAAGUGCAAGAGGAAUGGAGUGCUCUGGCUUCAAAAAUGCUGGAAAUCAAGGCUAUUCUUGAUGACUCAAUUCAGCGGUGGGCUGGAUUUCUGGAACAAAUCCAUCAACUUAAUAAGACUGUAGACUAUCUAGAAUCAGUUUCAAAUGAAAUUUCUGAAUUUCAAGCAACAAUGUCUGAAAAGAGAGCACAAUUGGAACGUAUUAAAUGUUUAGAAGAGAAAGUACGGUGUGAGAAAAUAGAAGUAGAUAGUCUAAAAGCUAAGGCAGCAGAAAUGCUAGCGAGUGGCCAGCAGAGUCAUGCUGCUUCACAAGCUCAAGAAAUUCUCAAUAAGUUUGAUACCCUUAGUGAGAAAAUAAAGAACCUUUUGUCAGAACGUGAAGAUCAGUACAAGGAUCACAGGCUGUAUAAAGAAGCUUAUGAUGACUUAAUUGGUUGGUUGAGUCGAGCUCGAGAGAAAGUACCGUCUUUGAAACAAAGAUCUCUGAGUGAUAAACUUGCCAUCGAGAAUGCUGUUGCACCUUUAGAAGCCUUAUUGAACAAGCAAGCUCAGGGAGAACUUCUUGUAGAACAUCUUCAGCAGACUGGUGAAGUAGUUAUGGCCAGCACUUCUUCUCAGGGUCAAGAGACAAUACGAAAUGAAAUCCAAGUCUUAAGAGAGAAUUUUGAAGGUUUAUUCAAAGAUAUUAAAGAGCAAAAAGAACAACUUGAAGCUAUUGUUAUUCAGUGGCGAGACUACAAGGAAGAAUAUGAAAGAUUAUCUGACUGGCUUCAGCAAAUUGAUAUUUUAGUAAAGGCUCAAAAGACUGCUCUUCUCUCUACUGUACAAGAGAAGAGCAAGCAAGUGCAAGAAGUCAAAGAUAUACUUGAUCGUUUAGAGAAAGGUCAAGAAAAUAUUGAUAGAUUUAAUGCUACUGCAUCUGCUCUUCUUACGUCACAUCUUGAUACAUAUGUCAAUAACCAAUUGAGACAUUUGAAUUCAAGAUAUCAGGUGCAAGUAAAUCUAGCCAAAGAUGUUUUGAGAAAAGUUGAGACAAAUCUUGAACAACACACACAGUAUGCUGAGAACCUUGAAAAGGCAAAGGCAUGGAUUGAAAAUGCAAAACAAGUAAUUUGGGAUUGUAGCCAAGCAUCAUCUAAUAGCACUCAUGAUGAAUUGCACACUCGUCUGGACCAGAUUCAAGAACUUCUGCGAAGACGUGAAGAGGGACAAAAUUUGGUUCAUAUGACCGUUAAUUGUGGUGAGAAAGUACUUCGAAACACUCGCUCAGAUGGACGUGACACUAUUAAUUCACAGUUGAAAGAUCUUCAAGCUGAAUGGGAUAGACUUGUGCGAAAGUUAUCUACUGCCAAAGUACAUUUGGAAACAAGUUUACUGCAAUGGGCAGAUUAUAGUUCAUCAUACACUCAGUUGCAGCAAUGGAUCACUGAUCGAGAAGCAAAACUUCAACAAGUUUGUGAACAGAAGGUGAGAGAAACUAAUUUGUAUUAA